AUGAUUGACUCUUCUACAACCGCAUUUGCUACAACAACUGCUGCUCCUUCUUCUACAACAAAUGUUUGGUCUGCUACAAGUACUGCUCGUAUAACCACACCGGGAAAUGCUGUGACUCCUCCCAUAACCUCAAUUGCAACUUCUGUCAAAGCUGUUGCUUCUUCUAACACAAAAGCUCUUGUUCCUACUACCACGACCACUGCCGUUCCUUCUGCUACGACCACUGCCGUUCCUUCUGCUACGACCACUGCCGUUCCUUCUACCACAACCACUGCCGUUCCUUCUGCUACGGCCACUGCCGUUCCUUCUACCACGACCACUGCUGUUCCUUCUACUACGGCCACUGCCGUUCCUUCUACCACAACCACUGCCGUUCCUUCUGCUACGGCCACUGCCGUUCCUUCUACCACGACCACUGCCGUUCCUUCUGCUACGACCACUGUCGUUCCUUCUGCUACGACCACUGCCGUUCCUUCUACCACGACCACUGCCGUUCCUUCUACUACGACCACUGCCGUUCCUUCUACUACGACCACUGCCAUUCCUUCUGCUACGACCACUGCCGUUCCUUCUACCACGACCACUGCCGUUCCUUCUGCUACGACCACUGCCGUUCCUUCUACUACGACCACUGCCGUUCCUUCUGCUACGACCACUGCCGUUCCUUCUGCUACGACCACUGCCGUUCCUUCUACCACGACCACUGCCGUUCCUUCUGCUACGACCACUGCUGUUCCUUCUACCACGACCACUGCCGUUCCUUCUGCUACGACCACUGCCGUUCCUUCUACUACGACCACUGCCGUUCCUUCUACUACGACCACUGCCGUUCCUUCUGCCACGACCACUGCCGUUCCUUCUACUACGACCACUGCCGUUCCUUCUGCUACGACCACUGCCGUUCCUUCUGCCACGACCACUGCCGUUCCUUCUGCUACGACCACUGCCGUUCCUUCUACCACGACCACUGCCGUUCCUUCUACCACGACCACUGCCGUUCCUUCUACCACGACCACUGCCGUUCCUUCUGCUACGACCACUGCCGUUCCUUCUACCACGACCACUGCCGUUCCUUCUACCACGACCACUGCCGUUCCUUCUACCACGACCACUACCGUUCCUUCUACCACGACCACUGCUGUUCCUUCUACCACGACCACUGCCGUUCCUUCUGCUACGACCACUGCCGUUCCUUCUACUACGACCACUGCCGUUCCUUCUACUACGACCACUGCCGUUCCUUCUGCCACGACCACUGCCGUUCCUUCUACUACGACCACUGCCGUUCCUUCUGCUACGACCACUGCCGUUCCUUCUACCACGACCACUGCCGUUCCUUCUACCACGACCACUGCUGUUCCUUCUACUACGACCACUCCUGUUCCUUCUACCACGACCACUGCCGUUCCUUCUGCUACGACCACUGCCGUUCCUUCUACCACGACCACUACCGUUCCUUCUACCACGACCACUCCUGUUCCUUCUACCACGACCACUGCCGUUCCUUCUGCUACGACCACUGCUGUUCCUUCUACCACGACCACUGCCGUUCCUUCUGCUACGACCACUGCCGUUCCUUCUACUACGACCACUGCCGUUCCUUCUACUACGACCACUGCCGUUCCUUCUGCCACGACCACUGCCGUUCCUUCUACUACGACCACUGCCGUUCCUUCUGCCACGACCACUGCCGUUCCUUCUACCACGACCACUGCCGUUCCUUCUACCACGACCACUGCCGUUCCUUCUACCACGACCACUGCCGUUCCUUCUACCACGACCACUGCCAUUCCUUCUACCACGACCACUGCCGUUCCUUCUACCACGACCACUGCCGUUCCUUCUACCACGACCACUGCCGUUCCUUCUACCACGACCACAGCUGCGGUCGCCACCGUCUCUGACACAGUAUCAGUGACUUCUAGCGACUGGACACAGUGUCCCUCGGGAAGUGUACUUCAAGGCAUAGCCUUCGAGGGCGACAAAUAUGCGGUAGAUCACAUUAUCUGCUUGGAGGUGGACCCCGGCAUGAUCGCGGUGGACUGGACUUCGAGGUCUGGCCUGACAUGUCCGUCGAGCAGAGUCCCGACCGGGUUUCGGGACCCGUCGUGGACGCCUCCCGAGUUGCUUUGCGUGGGCGUCGAAGCAGGUUGGGGCCUCGACGGCGAUUCCUGUGUCACCGUCGACGUGAGCGCCGACUCCCGGCCGGCGGAGGACACGGUCGGCUCCUGGGACUAUUGGGCCGUGUGCCCCGCUGACCACGCAGUCAACAACAUCUACGUAGAGUGGGGCAUCUUCAAGUCGGUGUCCUGUUGCCUUCUGGUGCAGAUAGUGCCCGCCCCUGAGCUGCAGGUGGUGAGGGAGAUGAACACUGGUCCCGCGUGCCCACACCAGGGUUCUACUGCCCUCGUCGCGCUCGGCCUCGACAACGACCGCCGGUACGUUAGUCACAUCGUUUGCUCGACCUUUGCGUCCUCGCUCACGACAGACGCCAGCGUCGCCAGUACGGUGAGCGCGGGGCACGAGAGCGAGCCUUCGUCGGCGUGUCCUGCCAACGAAGCCAUCGCCGGCCUCAGCAACACCGAAAGUAAAUCUAUGACGGCAGCGUGUGUGAAAAUUACCAGUAAAACAGUCAGCAGCAACUGUGUUGUGGUUCCAUACAACACCGGGACGCUGCCUAGCAUCCCCGGCGAGGACACAAGCAGCUGGUCAGACUGGGUGACCUGCACGCACCUGGGGAACUACGUCGCCACGCAGGUCACGCGCGAGACGAGUGGGUUUUGGCCCAUUUACAGGAGGGUAAAGGAACUCCAGUGCUGCGAGCUCGUGUAG